AUGGCGAAAAGGGAAAUUUUUAUACUUCUGGUGAUCCUCGCUUGUGCGUUUUCAAAUGAGCUCGAAGAUAUUGAGCAGAAGAAGCGGGGGGCGGGGAAGGCGAAUCCCCUGAACUCGAUACCAACGGGAGCUCAGAAGCCGGACUACAGUUAUAACCUUUAUUCCCAGAGCCAGAGCGCUCAAAGUCCUUCGCAAUCUUACCAAGCUCCCGCCCAGAACUCCUUCUAUCCAAGUCAAGAUAACUCCUACUAUAACUCCAAUUCCGGGGAAACGUCUAACCCAACCCAAUCCCAAAUAAGUACCCAAAGCACCCACUCGCAAUUCGUACCAAUUAACUUCGUACCCAACCCAGGGUACCAGACCAAAUAUCAGUUGGUACCAGCAAAACCUGGUGGCAAUAUUCAGCUGGCCAUCGUACCAUCACCCUACCAAACUCCUCCCAUCGUGCAAUACCCUCAAGGUCUAUUCGCAAAUCCAGGCCACGGCCAGAGCCCUCCAAUACUCCCUAUCGGUACACCAGGUCACUAUGCGUUCAACCCUAACAUACCUGGAUUAUCACUCGGCGGUCCUUUCAGCCAACCAUCUAUGAUUCUUCUUCCGCAAUCCAACCCUUCUUUGUACAACAAUCUUCUUUACCCUAACCCGAGUCAGAGCUUCUACAACUACUAUCCUUCAAAUUCCCAGGCUAAGUACAGCUAUACCUCAGGAGUAUCUCCUUCAGAAUACGAUAAGGGUUCCGUCCAAAAUGUCCAGAAGGAUGAAUCAGAUGUGAACGCUCAAAAUAGUGAGUAUAUAUCUCCAUCGGACGCGAGCUCAGCCUACAAGAGUAAUUAUAGUCGUCGCAGUGCGUUUACCAAGUAUAAGUGA